AUGAUGAACAAGAGGGAUAUGUUAAAGUACCGGGAAGAGGGAAAAAGGAAAGGCUGGCCGGUCGAGCGAGGAGGAGCGCUUCGGCUUGGAACAGCGAAACGGACGGUUGAACAAGAAAAGAGUGGUAGUAGUGAUGCAAUGAAAAAAGAAACAAACAAAAAUGAUACUUACCGAAGCACUACUAGCAACAAUCCGGCAUACGCUUCCAAUUUCAGGACAACAUUAACAGUCACAACGGCAACAGAAAAAUCAAAUUUCAUUUCCACAAACCUAGUUUUGAAUGGUAAUGCGCCAUCGGCUUUUCGACCAAUUAUUCCCUCCACUUCAUCAGACUCAUUUGUUGUUACAACUCUCAAUUCCCUCAUCUCACCAUCAGAUCAUGAAAGUGAACAGAACCAUCAUCACCAUCACCUCAAUCAUCAUCAUCAACAACAACAACAACAACAACAACAACAGAAUGAUGGUACAGUGAAUGGUGACUAUGGUGAGUUUAUUAUAUGGCUGGUAUGA